AUGGAGCAAUAUGAAGUUCUAGAACAGAUCGGCAAAGGCGCAUUUGGUUCUGCGCUGCUUGUGCGGCACAAACAUGAAAAGAAAAAGUAUGUUCUCAAGAAGAUCCGUCUUGCUCGCCAAACUGACAGAACCCGCAGAUCGGCUCACCAGGAGAUGGAGCUUAUAUCUAAAGUUCGCAAUCCGUUUAUUGUGGAGUAUAAAGAUUCUUGGGUGGAAAAGGGUUGUUUUGUAUGUAUUAUCAUCGGCUAUUGUGAAGGAGGAGAUAUGGCUGAAGCUAUAAAAAAGGCCAACAGUGUUAACUUUUCUGAAGAGAAACUCUGCAAGUGGCUUGUCCAGUUACUGAUGGCACUAGAUUACUUACAUGUAAAUCAUAUUCUUCAUCGGGAUGUUAAGUGUUCAAAUAUAUUCUUAACAAAAGAUCAAGAUAUACGUCUAGGUGAUUUUGGUCUCGCUAAAAUGUUGACUUCUGACGAUCUUGCUUCCUCAAUUGUUGGGACUCCAAGUUAUAUGUGCCCUGAGCUUCUCGCCGAUAUACCCUAUGGCUCUAAGUCAGAUAUCUGGUCUUUGGGAUGCUGUGUUUAUGAAAUGGCGGCUCACAGACCAGCUUUUAAAGCUUUUGAUAUACAAGCAUUGAUUCACAAAAUAAACAAGUCUGUAGUAGCUCCACUGCCAACUGUGUACUCUAGUGCUUUCCGAGGGCUUGUCAAAAGUAUGCUGCGGAAAAAUCCAGAGCUAAGGCCAACCGCUGGAGAGUUACUAAAUCAUCCACAUCUUCAGCCUUACAUUCUUAAAGUUCACCAAAAGCUAAAUAGCCCCAGAAGAAGUACUUUUCCGUUCCAAUGGUCCGAGUCAAACUAUGCAAGGAGAACUCGAUUUGUUGAACCAGAAUCUGUUUCUACACUUUCUGACCAAGACAGAUACUUGUCCCUAAACAAUCACAGGGCGUUGAAUCCUAGUAUUUCUGGAACUGAACAAAGUUCUCAAUAUUCAACUCAACGAGCUCAAGGAUUAUCCAAUUGUUCAGAAGAGAAGCUCUAUGAGUUAUCUGCUCGCGGUGUCCGUGAUUACUGCAAUACUAACAAAACAAAAGUGAUAAAGUCCUCAACUGGUGAGAGAACACCGAGACUUAGAGUAGCUAAGGAUUCUGCUGGUACCAGAAGACAGACAAUGGCGCCACCAAAGAUAUCGGCCACUGGUUCAAAGCGUGAAUCACUUCCGGUACCUCGCGCACCAUCUGGUAAAUCUACCAUACCAACUCGAAGAACAUCCCUUCCGCUGCCUACAAGAGGCAGGAACACAACAAACUUAUACACCAAUGCUAGUUAUGUGAAUUCUCCCGAUGUUUCUGUUGAUGCACCCCAAAUUGACAAGAUCGCAGAAUUCCCAAUGGCUUCCUAUGAGGACCCAUUUUUCCAUGUUAUUCGCAGACCAUCAUCACCAUCAGCCAAACGCUUUUCUACCUCAGCCGGGAGUGCUGAUUGCACAAUCACAAAAGACAAGUGUACAAUCCUUGUGGACAAAGUUACUGUCCCCACUAGCAUCACUAACGAGUGCUCUAACAAUGAUACCACUGGCGUUUCAAGCCACUCUUCACCUGAGUCGCGUCAGCAUCGGUUUGACACCUCGUCAUACCAGCAACGUGCUGAAGCAUUGGAGGGGCUACUGGAGUUCAGUGCUAGGCUACUGCAACAACAUAGGUUUGAUGAGCUUGGUGUAUUGCUGAAGCCAUUCGGGAUUGAGAAGGUUUCCCCAAGGGAAACAGCUAUUUGGUUGGCCAAGAGUUUCAAGCAAAACUCUGAUCUAAGGUUUUCAAAUACACUUGCAUGA